AGCCUGCCUUCUCCUGCUGAUCUGCUGCUCUGACUUGCUUUUUGCUGCCUUUUUCCUCUUCUUUCUCUUCUUGCUUAGCUCCUUGCCUUCUGAUAAUACUCCCCGUAUGGAGACUGAUCACUCUGAACAGCUGUCAACGGAGCAACAGUCAACACCUCCAGGGGACGGUUCAUCAUUACCUGAUCAAAAUGGUGUAGAGAAACAAGAUGAUCAGGAUUCCUCAACCCCACUCGAAGCACCAGAGAAAGAGGCAAGCAUACACCCUGAAAAGGGAGCUCACGAUAUCUCUGAAGAGUUGAAUCGACAACUGGAAGACAUCAUACACAUGUACGGGUCUGUGGCCAGUACAGGAGGGAAAGAAAGCCUUGCCAAGGCCAAGGAACAGCCUGAGAAUGCAGAAUCCCCUGACAAUGAGGAUGGGGACUGUGAAGAGACAACUGAAGAGGCUGAAAGAGAAUCUGUUGCUUCUGGAGAGCCAUCCACCAUCAAAGAGCCUAUCAGCAAUAGAGAGCAAAAAUUGGAAAAGAAAAUCCUGAAAGGAUUAGGCAAAGAAGCCAACCUGCUAAUGCAAAAUCUGAGCAAGUUACAAACACCUGAAGAAAAGCUUGAUUUUUUAUUCAAGAAGUAUGCUGAAUUGGUGGAUGAACAUCGCACUGAGCAAAAGAAGUUAAAGCUUCUACAAAAGAAACAGAUACAAAUCCAAAAGGAAAAGGACCAGUUACAAAGCGAACACAGCAGAGCUAUCCUCGCUCGAAGCAAACUGGAGAGCCUGUGCCGGGAGCUGCAGAGACACAACAAGACACUGAAGGAGGAGACCCUUCAGCGGGCACGCGAGGAAGAAGAGAAAAGGAAGGAGAUCACCAGUCAUUUCCAGAGUACCCUGACAGAUAUCCAGGCCCAGAUUGAGCAGCAGAGUGAGCGAAAUAUGAAGCUCUGUCAGGAGAACACAGAACUUGCAGAAAAACUGAAAAGCAUCAUCGAUCAGUAUGAACUCCGAGAAGAGCAUCUGGACAAAAUAUUUAAACACAGAGAACUGCAGCAGAAGCUGGUGGAUGCAAAACUUGAGCAGGCCCAAGAAAUGAUGAAGGAAGCGGAGGAGCGACACAAGCGAGAAAAGGAAUAUUUGCUGAACCAGGCAGCAGAGUGGAAACUUCAGGCGAAAGUGCUGAAAGAACAAGAGACAGUCCUGCAGGCUCAGCUUACUCUCUACUCAGGAAGGUUUGAAGAAUUCCAGAGUACACUGACAAAAAGCAACGAGGUGUUUGCCACUUUCAAACAGGAAAUGGAUAAGACAACCAAGAAAAUGAAGAAGCUGGAAAAGGACACAGCCAUGUGGAAAGCCCGAUUUGAGAACUGUAACAAAGCUCUGUUGGACAUGAUCGAAGAGAAAGCACUGAGAGCAAAAGAAUAUGAGUGCUUCGUGUUGAAAAUUGGGAGGCUAGAGAACCUUUGUCGUGCUUUACAAGAAGAAAGAAACGAACUCUACAAAAAAAUCAGAGAAGUGAAAAUGCCGGAAAAGGAUGACCCAAGUGAGCACACCUCGGAUGAAGAGCCAGAGUCAAAUGUCUGUAUGGAUAAAGAGAUGGAUGCAGAGGAGGUCAACAGUGUUCAAAACGCUGUGAAAAAUCUGACCACGGCCUUCAUGGUAAUGCAUCAUCCAGAACCAACCCUCAACCAGUCCAAAGAAAUCCAACCAGAAGUUGGCAGUCCUCAUGGGAGCAGUGACUGCCCCCUCAAGGAGCCGGAGCAACCCCCUCUGAUUCCUUCAGGGGAUUCAGAGAGUCCCCUGCCUCCCCCAACUCCUCAGGCAGAGGCCGAAGGAGGCAAUGAUGCAGAACUGCCCUCCAAAGCCAAUAAUCCCCCUGCCGGGGGAGCAGAAGCCCAGGGUCUCCUCACUGGAGCAGGCACUGGUCAGCAGCCCCAGAAGCCAGAGGCAGAAGCUUCUGAUCAGGCCCCACAGUCCUGGGCCGAGGCAUCCCUAGCGGGGAUGGAGGCAAAUGGCCCCGCUCCACCAUGCCUAGCAAGUGAGCAAGUUCCAGCUAGGGUGCCUGGAUGUGAGCCCAGGAGGCAGCCCCCACCAGCAGCAGCAGAGGAGCUGCCAACAGGGGCCGUAGCAGGGGCCUCGGCUGGGCCCCAGCAGCCCAAAGUGGCCAACACCAAUCUGGAAGGAGUCGACUAA